CACAGGAGUCAUGCAGAAGUUGUUCCUCUCUGAUGAAAUAUCCACAUAGCAUUGCGCUCCUGCUGGACUUACCGUGAGCCACCAUGUCUCUCAGGCUGUUUUCUGCAAAAAGCCCGCUUUCCAGAUAUUUCCAAUCUCUGCACAGCUGUUCAGCACGAGCGUUUGGCGCCGGAGCCGCCUGCCUCGGCUCGGUGAAUUUAAAAGGUCGCAGCUGUCUGACUCUGAAGGAUUUCAGCUCAGAUGAAAUCAAGAAGCUGCUGUGGGUCUCCGAAGACCUCAAGCAUCGGAUCAAGCACGAAAAACAGUAUUUGCCUCUUCUACAAGGAAAGUCGAUUGCAAUGAUAUUUGAGAAGAGAAGCACCAGAACAAGAAUGUCCACAGAAACAGGAUUUGCUCUGCUGGGUGGACACCCCUGUUUCCUUACCUCACAGGACAUCCACCUGGGAGUGAAUGAGAGCUGUACAGAUACAGCCAGGGUUCUCUCUGGAUUCUGUGAUGUUGUCUUGGCUCGUGUUUACAAGCACUCGAUGUUGGAGGAGCUAGAUAGGGAGGCUUCAAUCCCCAUCAUUAACGGACUGUCAGAUCUGUAUCACCCAAUCCAGAUUCUAGCUGACUUCCUCACCUUACAGGAGCAUUACGGAUCCCUUAAUGGUCUAACGGUGAGCUGGAUUGGAGAUGGCAACAAUGUUCUCCACUCCUUCAUGAUGACUGCAGCCAAACUCGGAGUUCAUCUUAAGGUUGCUACACCGAAGGGGUACGAGCCAGACAAGGGCGUUACUGAAGAGGCACACAGGCUCGCCAAACAGCAUGGUACCCAGUUCAUUCUGACCUCUGACCCCAUGGAGGCUGCCCGUGACAGCAAUGUCUUGGUCACUGACACCUGGGUCAGUAUGGGACAGGAAGAGGAGAAGAAAAAGAGGCUAAAAGACUUCCAUGGAUACCAGAUUUCUAUGCAGACAGGAAGUGUGGCCAAGUCAGACUGGACCUUCCUGCACUGUCUCCCUCGGAAAAUGGAGGAGGUGGAUGAUCAGGUGUUCUACUCAUCCCGUUCUCUCGUCUUUUCGGAGGCAGAGAAUAGAAAAUGGACCAUCAUGGGCCUCAUUGUUUCUCUUCUGACCGACUACACGCCACAGAUCCCCAUGCUGAAGUUUUAACAUCAGUUAUUAAGAGGGACUAAGCUUUUCUGUGGCAUGGGAUGACUUCAAAGAAGACUGUUGCAAUGCUGUCAUAUUUUAACUUCAGGAUAGAACUGCCAUGUGGGAGCGUGGGGCUGUGGUGUUCUUCUGUUUAUGUGUAGUAGGUCUGUGUGUCAAAGUGCAUGGCAAGGUUAGAGAACCCAGGAAUUCCCAGGGUUCUUAUUGCUCACAGUUCUUACUUCACUUUUGUGUGACGUGUCACCACAGCUGCCAUAAAACUUCAGUGAAGAUGAAGAACUAGAGGUUAAUACAUAAAUAAAAUACUCCCAACAACUGUUCACUGAUUUUGUAAAUGUUUAGUACAUAUCUGGAAU